CAGCAGUCCCUGAGAGAGAAAAAAGAAGGCUGCUGAUCCAGGAAAGACAAGCAGAGAAUAGCUGGCCUUUCCUAAUCCCCUCUCCCCGACGAGUCUCUUCCUUCUGGCCAAUUAUAUGAAUAAUCUGAGGACACUUUCAAAAUUCGGAAUUUCCCCCAGAUGCUUCAGCAAGCUGCAGACAUGGCUCUUGUAGGAAGACUCCAAGACCAACAACUAGGUUCUGGUCACAUGAUAGAGCCCAAGCAGGAUGACAAGAUAGAUGAAUUGAGGAUUCUUCUGGUGGGGAAACAUGGUUCAGGGAAAAGUGCUGCAGGAAACAGUAUCCUGGGCAGGUGUGUGUUUGUGUCCAGACUCAGUGAGCAGCCAGUGACCCAAGUGUGCAGGACAGAGCAGCGGAUCUGGGGACGAAGAAAACUUGUGCUCAUUGACACCCCAGAUAUCUUUUCCCGAAUGGACUCCCAGGAAGAGCUCUGCCAUCUCUCCUCUCUAUGCUCUCCAGGCCCACAUGCCCUCCUUCUAGUGAUCCCACUGGGCUCUUAUACAGGGGAAGAUGAGGCAGUGGUGAAGAACAUCAAGAAGGUUUUUGGAGAAGAAGCUCUGAGGAAACAUGUGAUCAUUCUGUUCACCAGGAAAGAAGACUUGGCAGGCAGGGACCUGAUGGAGUUCAUAAAGAGCACAAAGAAACCUCUUCAGAACCUCAUUUGGGGCUAUGGAUUUCAGUACUAUGCUUUCAAUUACCGACUUAUAGGAGAGGAGGAACAACUCCAAGUGAAUGGGCUUCUGGAGAAGAUCAAUGAAAUGGUGCACAACAAUGGAGGUCAACAUUGUAUCAUUAGGAAAGCUGCUAUUGGACCUGGUAGGAAAAUAAAAUUUAGAAACUCUAGGGAAGAAGGAAGACUAGAAAGAAUGAGCACAUUGGAAGGUUCUGGUCACAUGAUAGAGCCCAAGCAGGAUGACAAGAUAGAUGAAUUGAGGAUUCUUCUGGUGGGGAAACAUGGUUCAGGGAAAAGUGCUGCAGGAAACAGUAUCCUGGGCAGGUGUGUGUUUGUGUCCAGACUCAGUGAGCAGCCAGUGACCCAAGUGUGCAGGACAGAGCAGCGGAUCUGGGGACGAAGAAAACUUGUGCUCAUUGACACCCCAGAUAUCUUUUCCCGAAUGGACUCCCAGGAAGAGCUCUGCCAUCUCUCCUCUCUAUGCUCUCCAGGCCCACAUGCCCUCCUUCUAGUGAUCCCACUGGGCUCUUAUACAGGGGAAGAUGAGGCAGUGGUGAAGAACAUCAAGAAGGUUUUUGGAGAAGAAGCUCUGAGGAAACAUGUGAUCAUUCUGUUCACCAGGAAAGAAGACUUGGCAGGCAGGGACCUGAUGGAGUUCAUAAAGAGCACAAAGAAACCUCUUCAGAACCUCAUUUGGGGCUAUGGAUUUCAGUACUAUGCUUUCAAUUACCGACUUAUAGGAGAGGAGGAACAACUCCAAGUGAAUGGGCUUCUGGAGAAGAUCAAUGAAAUGGUGCACAACAAUGGAGGUCAACAUUGUAUCAUUAGGAAAGCUGCUAUUGGACCUGGUAGGAAAAUAAAAUUUAGAAACUCUAGGGAAGAAGGAAGACUAGAAAGAAUGAGCACAUUGGAAGAGCCAGCUAACAAGAGCCAGCAUCAGGGGAGGGAGUCAGAACUGGACUCUGGAUCCUCAGAACUGAGAAUUCUCCUUUUGGGGAAACAUGGUGCAGGGAAGAGCGCAACAGGAAACAGCAUCCUGGGGAAGCAAGUGUUUGAGACCAAAUUCAGUGACUUUCCAGUAACCAAAACUUGCAAGAAAGAAAGUGGAACUGUGGGAAAGAGGGAAGUCAUGGUCAUUGAUACCCCUGAUCUUUUCUCUUCAAAGAUCUCUGCUGGGGACAGGGAACAAGAGGUCAGGCACUGCAUCACCCUCUGUUCCCCUGGCCCCCAUAUCCUGCUCUUGGUGACCCCUCUUGGCUAUCACACGGUGGACGAUCAAGAGAUAGUGAAGGGCAUUCAGGAGAUGUUUGGAGCUGAAGCCACGAGGCACAUGUUACUUCUCUUCACAAGGAAAGAAGAUCUGGGAGAUGACUCACUUUCAGAAUAUGUUAAAGAAACUGAUAAUAAGUACCUCAAGGAACUGGUUCAGAAUUGUAAGGGUCGGUACUGUGCUUUCAACAACAGAGUAUGUGGGGAAGAACAGGAUACUCAGAUUCAAGGUCUCCUUGAACAGAUUGAACUAUUGAUGAAGGAGAAAGGUCAGGGCUAUGCUGAAUUUCAUGUGAACAGAGAUGUCCUGAGUCUUAUCCUUGUAGGGAAAAGUGGGACUGGGAAGAGCUCAACUGGGAACACCAUCCUGGGGCGGCAUGAAUUUAAAGCCAAACUGUCAGCAAAAACAGUCACUGAGACCUGUCAGAACGGGUUCAGGACCUGGAAAGGGAAGAAUAUUGUAGUUGUUGAUACUCCAACCUUUGACCUUAACCUGGCUAGUGAAGAUGAUCUUUUUAAACAAGGGGAAGAAGCCUUUCGUAGCCUUCGCCUCUCUCCAGGAGUCAAAGUUUUCGUCCUGGUGAUUCAGCUGGGCCGAUUCACUCAAGAAGAUGAGAAGAGCGUUAGGGAACUAGAAAUCAUAUUUGGAGAAGAGAUCACUAAGUAUAUGAUUGUACUCUUCACCAGGAAAGAAGAUCUAGGUACUGGGACACUGGAGAAUUACAUCAAGGCUUCAGAUAGUCAAUUUCUUAAGAAGCUAAUUAAUCGGUGUGGAGAAAGAUUUUAUGCUUUUAACAACAAAGAAAGUGGUCUGGCCCAGGAAAAGCAGGUGAAUGAGCUUUUGGAAAUGGUGGAUAAACUGGUCCAGAGUCAUGGAGGCCAAGGCUAUCCUGACAACGGUGACUCUGAGACUUACACCAGAAGGAUUAAAGAUUCCCGGAAGAAAAGUUUGUUUGGCAUAAUAAGGGAUCGGAGAUGCAAGAUAGCUUUCCCUUUUCAGUAAUCCAAUUGGAUCUGGCUGUGCCUGAUGACCCAUAAAAGUAUGGAGUGACUCAGGACAUGUGGUGAGGACAUUCUUGAGGACAGUCACUUAGAUGUAUGUAUUGGUUAAUUAUAGUGCCAGGGUGUGGCUAGAAGCAGAUUGUAAAUAGAGGGCAAGAAAUUGAGAAAAAGUUUUAAGGUAGCAGGCUGAAGGUCAAAACAGUGUUAUGAGUUGCAGUCUGGACAUACAUGAAAUUAUAAGUGGCAAGGCAGUAAUCACUGGAAAAGGACCCAUGCAUCAGAAAGCAGACCAAGGAGGGAGCAACCCAAAGUCCAGGGAGCCAAUCAAGAAGGAAGAACUAGACAGGGGUUUUCAGGGCAAGGGAAAGUGAGCAGAGGGACAGAUCCAUAAUGAAGAAAUACUUUGAUUUUAAAUGCUAUGUUUUUUCUUCAAGUGGAGACCUGUUCUAUGGGGGUUGGAAAUCAUUACACCAUGGCUGGCCAAGAAGAUCAUGGGGAACAUAGUCAUUGUGGCUGUUGUUGUUGUUGUUGUUGUUUGUCCUUCAACCUCAAAAAGGUCUGUGACAUCUGGGUGAUAUCAUGACUUGCACUCAAUUGGAUCUAAGUGAGGGAGGGCUGUGCAAGGUCACCAACCACACUCUCUCCUCCAGAGCCAUCUGGGUCCAGUGGAAAGAUAUAUAUCAGGAUGACAG